AGCGCGGUGGGCUCAGCCGGGAGCGGCUCACCUCUGUUAUCAGAAGAAUAGUUUGAAAAGCAGAAGCUGUUUUUCUUGCUUCAUAUUUUGAUGUGUCAUCCUCGCUGCCUAUGAGGACAUGCUGUCAAUGAAUGUGCAUGCUAUUUCCAACUCUUCACUUCUCAGCUCACUUGAUGCCAUUUCAUUUCCAGGAGGGCGGCCAGACUAGGACGUCCUUCAGGCUGUGGCGGAGCCAGAGGCUUCUCCUCACCAUCCUGAGUUCCUCGGUGUCUUUGUCAUGUCGUCAUCACGUGGCUGACGUGCAUCUGCUCUGUCCUGCUUGGCAAGAUCCAGGAGUUGGUGCUCAGAGAAUGUUCAUGUGUCUUUGACUCUCAGAAUAACCUUGUGAAGGGGAUAUAGCAGAAACCUCUAGACCUUGGCCAUGACCACUUCCUCCCUUCAAACCUCGGUGGCAGUUUUUGCCCUGGUUGCCCUGCAUGUCAGUGCCCUGGAUACAUUUAUAGCUGCAGUGUAUGAACACGCAGUCAUAUUGCCAGAGAAAACAGAAACACCUGUUUCUCAGGACAAUGCCUUGCUUCUUAUGAACAAGAAUAUAGAUAUUCUGGAGAAAGCGAUUAAGCAGGCAGCUCAGCAGGGUGCUGAAAUUAUCGUGACACCAGAAGAUGCACUUUAUGGAUGGAGUUUUACCAGGGAAACCAUUUUCCCCUACCUGGAGGAUAUCCCAGACCCUCGGGUGAACUGGAUUCCAUGUCAAGACCCCCACAAAUUUGGUCACACACCUGUACAAGUGAGACUCAGCUGCCUGGCCAAGGACAACUCUAUCUAUGUUUUGGCAAAUAUUGGAGACAAAAAGCCAUGUAAAUCUAAUGACCCCACCUGUCCUUCUAAUGGCUAUUAUCAGUACAAUACCAACGUGGUCUAUGACAAAAAGGGACAACUGGUGGCACGCUACCAUAAGUACCACCUCUACUCUGAGCCUCAGUUCGAUGUGCCUGAGAAGCCAGAGCUGGUGACUUUCAACACCAACUUUGGAAAGUUUGGCAUUUUCACAUGCUUCGAUAUCCUCUUCCACGAUCCUGCCGUGAAGCUGGUGAAGGAUUUCCGUGUGGACACCAUACUGUUACCCACAGCUUGGAUGAAUGUUUUGCCCCUUUUGACAGCCAUUGAAUUCCAUUCAGCUUGGGCAAUGGGAAUGAGAGUCAAUCUUCUUGUGGCCAAUACACAUCAUGUCCGCCUAAACAUGACAGGCAGUGGCAUUUAUGCUCCGCACUCUCCCAAAGCAUACCAUUAUGACAUGGACACAGAGCUGGGAAAGAUCCUUUUUUCAAAAGUGGACUCGCAUCCUCGAAGCUCCCCUGACUUCCCAGCGGCGGUGAACUGGGCUGACUAUGCCACGACCAUCAAACCGUUCCCAGUACAGAAAGGCACUUUCAAGGGAUUUAUUUCCCGGGAUGCGUUCAACUUCACAGAACUUUCCGCAAGUGCAGGCGACCUUACAGUCUGUCAGAAAGAUCUGUGCUGUCAUUUAAGCUACGAAAUGUCAAGGAAAGAAGAGAAUGAAGUAUAUGCUCUAGGAGCUUUCUCAGGACUUCACGGCCGCAGGGGAAGAGAGUACUGGCAGGUGUGCACAAUGCUGAAAUGCAGAACAACUGAUGUGACAACCUGCGGACAGCCAGUAGAAACUGCUUUGACAAGAUUUAAUGUAUUCUCUCUAAGUGGCACAUUUGGAACAGAGUAUGUUUUUCCUGAAGUGCUGCUUACUAAAAUUCGUCUGUCACCUGGAAAAUUUGAGGUACUAAAAGAUGGGCGCUUGGUAAACAAGAAUGGAAUGUCUGAGCCUAUUCUAACAGUGUCACUGUUUGGGAGGUGGUACGCUAAGGACGCACAUUCCGCCUCAGGAGGGAUCGGCAAUUUGGAAACAACUAACCUGUUAAUAUCCACUUUGCUAAUGAUCACAAUUUUGCAAAUACUGUGAUGGUAUGGGACAACUCUUUGUCACAAUAUAUUUGUGCAGUAUAUAUUUUGCUAAAUGUAUUUAUCAGCUUUCCAAGUUACUAAGAGAUUCUGAGGGGCCAUCUCUGUAGCAUAGACCAGUGAUUUCUAAAUAUGUAUUUUUCUCAUCUUGAAUUAUUUUGAACUAUUACUGUAAAUUUGCCCCCUGAGUGCUUGGGUCAGGUGAAUGAAUGUCCAGACUUAGCUCUAACCUUAUUUGCUCUGUGACCUUGUGUGUGCUUGUGUGCAUGAGAAGCAGAGUGCAGAGCCUCAGGGGCAUUGUGAACAUAGCUGUGACCUUUGAAGAGAAGAGGAAUGAUGAAAAUUGAGACUUUUGUGACUGCAUUCUAUUUGACAUUCAAGACGAUUUGAAUUAAUCUGCUUUUCUGUGCUCACGAUUAGAGGGAAAUUCACUUUCCAUUUAGAUGGUAAUGUUGAAGUUUAUAUUCACAAUGCAAGUUGUUUUGAGAUGUUCUAGAAGUGAUGACAGAUAGUCCAGGUUUGUAUCAAAGCAGACCUGGCUCAGGGCGUUCAUAGUCCUGAACUACCUCACCUGAAGGCUGUGGUAUAAUUUAAUGGGCCCAGAUCCAUAACACAAAGACCAUGACUGUGAAUAGCAACACUGUUUUCAAUAGUGGGCAGCCUGCAUUUCUCAACAUGUAUAUCUCUCAUUGUACUUGAAAUACAGUGUAUUUGUUGUUGAUCAUUUAAUGAAAAUAUUUUUAAAAUUAAAGAAAUAAAUGUUCAGAUUUUUUCAGAUUUAAUAUCUUCAAAAUGAUUUUGUUUAAUAUUUUCACAUUGAAAUAUCACCUUUGAGACAUUUAUGUUUUGUUUUUUUUAUGUUGUUGUAUAUUACUCCUUAUAGAUUCAAUCUGCCUAUUCUAUGACAAUACAGUAGGAAAUAAGGACUAUUUUUAUAAUGAAGUGGUUAAUAUUAAGAGAAAGGAAAUGGACAUUAGGCCACAUUUUUGUUUUUACUUUUGAAGAGGGGUUUCUCUGCUGCUUGUGUUCAACGUGGGGGCAUCAGAAAUGGUCACUCUAAAGUGGUGCUGAAUGUACAUGUUUAUACAUAGUCCAAAUCACACAGCCAUCACAACUGUGUUCUUGUAUCUUCUCAUCAAACAUGGAGAAUUUCAGAUUUGCAAGGUCUACUUAAUGUCUAACAUUAGACAUUAUGCAGUGGCAUUGCUGUGUGUAUUAUGACACUUGGGCAAUGACAUUUCACUUCAAAAAGUUAAAUUGGAAGGCAGUAGCUGACCCUAAACUCUUCAGUUUAGGCCUUCAUUCUCUCAGGAAUGAAAGGCCAAAGUGAUCAAGGAAAUCAGAAUUAUUCUCAGAAACUUAUAUGGUUUCCAGAGGUGAAUGUCAGUUGUUGGUCCCUGCCAAGCCUCCCCUUCCCCCUCUUUU